AUGUCUAGGUUUGGCCAGUUGAUGAAGAGAUUUCAGUUCCGAGAAGUUGAGGAUGCAUUAGGCAGCGGCAACUUUGGGACAGUUUACCGAGCCUUUGAUACCCACAUGAAGAAGCUGGUGGCUUUGAAAAUACUCGGAAAAGGCAAGAAAAUGGAGGCCAACUACAAACGUAAGUUUAUAUUUUUUUUGGAAGUAAUUGUUUUGGGUAAUAAAUGAAGUUUUGUCGAGGAUUAGGUAUAAAGGUUGAUGUUUAGGUAUUAGUUUUGAGCUUUUUAGCGUUUUGGUGAUGGUAAAUUACUUUUUAUUUUGUAUACUAUUACAAGAGUUAUGAUAGGCAAUAUUUUAGGUAACAGACCUUCUUUUUAGACGAACACAAGAUUCUACAACAACUUGUUCAUCCUUUUAUCAUCCAUCUGUAUUGUGUGCUUGAUAUGCCAACUCACAUGGUGAUGGUAUUGGAAUUGGCUUGGGGAGGGGGUUUGAGCUGUGAAUUACGCGAAAGAUUGGCAAAGUUGAAGGCAUUCAGAAGCCAGAAGAGAGAUUCAGAAGAGCUGGAUGAGAUUUAUAUUGAUUUUGAGAGGAUUUCAAAGUAUUUUGUUCAGGUAAUUGCAAGGUUUUAGGGGUGUUCGGGUUAUAACUUGAAGUAAAGUGAUAGAUUUUGCUAUUUUGUUAGGAUUUUCAACGUUUUGUGUAAGUUAAAUCAAGGUUAAUAUGAGCUUUCGAUGUAUGUAAGAUCAAGGUUAAUAUCAGCUUUAAAAUGGUAUUUUCGUUGAUGAAAGUUAUAAAACAUGAUGUUUUAGGUAUAAUAAGAUCUAAUGUAAUAAAAACAAGGUUUGCACUCUCAUUUUCAGAUGCUCUCAGCGGUAACUUACGUUCAUUCUCAAGGAUUCAUCCAUCGUGACAUUAAGCCUCAGAACAUGAUGUUUAUCGACCGGUCGAAGCGUUUCCUCAAAUUGGGCGACUUUGGAACUUGUUGUAGGCAAUCAGAUACAAAAGCGACAAAAGUUUUGGUUGGUACACCUGCUUACAUGGCUCCAGAUGGCUUUAAUGGUACUGACUUUUCUGUUUUUGGACCUUUUUAAUGCUUACAGGCAUGGCUAACAUAGAUUUUGAGUUAUUUGCGGUUUUAGUGAAACUUGAACAUUUUUCUUUGUUUGAAUUAUAUUAUUAUGACUUUCAGGCUAUGUUACCCAAUCUUUCGACUGUUGGUCUCUUGGAAUAGUUUUGUACGAAAUGAUCGAACUAAAAGUGCCAUUUGAACAAAUUGACCAUGUUUUUUAUUGGAGGGAUCACAGUCUUGAUGUAAGUUUGUCUUUACUACUUUUAUAUUUUCAAAAUAAGCUCCAUAAUGAAGAAUUUAGGUUACGCAUUUGAUAUUGUUGUAGGCAACGGAUAUUGUAAUAGGUAUUCAUAUUUUAUGCAUUCUUAAUUAUUGAUUGUGAUUUUGUUACAAAUUACUUCAUUUUAGAUAUCAUUCAAGCAAAAUAGAAGCAAUAUCCCGACUGAUUUGAAGAAUUUGUUACCUAAAAUGAUAUGUGAAAGCGAAAACCGAAUGGAUUUGACUCGUAAGUUGAUGGUUAAUAUAAUAGUUGUAGAAAGGCAACUUUUAGGCUAGGACCAGGGUAAAAUUUGGCUGAGUAGGUUUGAGACAGUUUAGAUAAUCUAGGUGUUCUCUUAUUUAUAAGAUAGAAUGUGUAGGAUAAGAAAAGAUAGGUUAUAAUCUGUCGAUUUGUUUGUGCGGCUUAUUGUAAAAUCACGUGUUAACUAUUUUUUUCCGUUUUAGAUAUUUAUCAACUGCCAUUUCUACAACCACACAUUCAACGUCUUUACCUAACUACAGUAUGA